CCUUCUGCUGUUUGUUUUAGAGCCUGCAAGCAAUAUCCAAUCCUCGGUUUUAAAAUAUGUUACUUUGAGACAGAACCAGAUGCUUAAGAAUGUUCCAAGUACCAUGUGAUUAAAAAAAAAUCUCUAAAACAACAUUAAAGAAUUUAAAUGAGACAGUAAAGAAAGGGGAAGUCAUAUAAAGAAAAAGAUACUAGUACCUUAUGAAGGUAAGAUUUUUUAUUAUUAUCAUUAAGGGAACCAUAUUAAACCAAAAUGGGUCUUUUUGAAUCAUUGCAAUGAGGAGUCAUUGUAAACUACAGACUAUUGUCAUUUUUGAACUGAAUCCGUGACAUGAGUGGAGGAGAAAAUGCUCUAUUGAGCUAACGGUGGAGGAAGGGCAGCUAGAAGCCCGGUAGCAAAGGAAGGCAAAGCAGAUCCAGGAGUACGAUAUGUGGAUGAAUCAACAGGAUGGGAAAGAAGGCAUUAAGAUGCAUAAUUAGCAUAAACAAACACACCCACAUAAUUAGUUAUGGUGAAUAUCGAUCGAAUCUCCCAAGCUAGAAUCUAAUGAUAAUUUCUACAGUCAUGAAGACUAUAAUUUUUAUUGCAAUCCUAAACUACUACAUAGUAAUAUAGUAUCGUAGGCAAAACCGACUAUUGAGGCAUUACGUUAUGGUGGUUUCAAUAUUGAUGUAAUAUUUUGUGAGAAGAUAAGAUGAAGUAGCACAAGUAAACAUGCAGCCGAUGUUGUUUCAUAAAACGUGACCUAUGAAGCCCAAAGUGAGGGGGGAAAGAUCUUUUUAUUUUAUUUUUAUUUUUUAAAGGCUUUCUUGAAAAGAAUCUUAUAAUAAUAUAAAGAAUCAUUCUGAAAGAAAUAUAUAAAAAGUAAAAUGUAUUUGUUUCUUUUCGAAGAGGAUUACUCUGUUUUACCAAAGUUUAAUGCUUUAUAUGAGUAGCUUGCUCCUGUAGGCUGUGGACUGUGGUAAUGGAAUACUACCAACGGUUUGCAUGGCCCACGGCUCCGGUCCUCUGUGUUCCUGCCGUUUAACAAAGAAACCCAACAAAACCACUUUCCUUAACAACAAAGGAAUUAUGACAUAACCAGAAAUCCCACAACGUAAAAGGGCGUAAACUUGAAUGAUUAGUGUAGAACCCAUUGUCCCAUAAAGUUAAAGGCAUUUUAUAUUUCCAAGUACCAAUUGUGAAUCAAGUAAGAAAGCAUUUGAUGAGUUGGCCUAUUGGCUAAAACUAUCUGAUAACAGCUCAAAGAAUUUUGGAGGUCACAUAUUCAUGCUGGGAAGGGUCUAUGAGCCAAAAAAUUCCUAAUCAUUAGAAAAAACCUUUGUCAUGUUGUUUUUGUUUUUUUCAGAGCAAAUAAUACUUAAACUGGCUUAUAACCAAAGCUCUUGAUUGAGCUAGGCAGUUUGUAGAUGGUGAAUACAGAGAAUCUCACAAAACAUGUUCACUGCAAAAGAGUAAGUGUUCAUAAAAGUACAACAGGACGUGGAUAGUUAAGGAAGGUCUCUCAGAAACCCCAAAUUGGCCAAUUAUCAAGUCAAGAUUGUUGGAAUCAAUGGAAUGAGAAGGAUAUUGGUUAGACAAAAAGCAAAGGACAAAUGUAGAGUGAUGUAGGGAAACCAAUGAAGAGAGAUACUUAACUUCUCUUUCGUACAAUCAUUGUCAGAUUCUUCCAAUAACAGCCUUAAUCUUACUUAGAUUUCCAAAGCAAUGUUUUGUUUAAGUGAAUUUAUAUUCCCCAGGGACCCACUGUCCUUUUACACUUUUCAAGCUUCUCCCUCCAAAUCCCAAUAACUGAUAUAUAUCUACAGGACACAUGAACUCAGAAGGGAUACAAUCUCAUCCUCAUUAUCCCUAACCCUCUCUCAUUUCUUUGAAGAAAAAAAUAAAGAUACUCUUUGAUUCUUCUUGUCUCCAUAAGAGCAGAUAUGAUGGGUUCCAGUAAAAGGAUGAUGUUUUGUCUUCUUGUCUGCAUAGGAUUACUAUCAGACAACAAAUAUAAGGUCUCAGCGUUGAGUAGAGAGUUUUUCCUCAAAGAAACACAAGGAGACAAAGCUGGAGUUCAUCCAGGUGAUAUUGCUAAGCUGAAGAGCAUGGAUAUUCAUUUUAGGUACAACCGUGAAGAACACGGAAUCCUCAGCGGAAACCGACGCAUUCUUGGGGAGGUUAACAAGGAUAAAGUUAAAGCUGAGAAGAUGCAAGCACAGAAGAAUCAGACAAAGGACUCAUUGCAAUCAAGCAAGAGACAUGUAAGACGGGGAUCAGAUCCUAUCCACAACAAAUCGCAGCCAUUUUCUUAAGUGGCACAACAAGAAUGAGAUACAUGAAAAAGGCAGUACACUAUAGAAAUGCAAGAGGAGGAAGAAGACGAAAAAGGCGCAAUAAUCAAGCUGGAGGUAGGCUAGUUGGGUUUUUUUCUCGCAAGUAUAGAUUUGAUAGAACACAGAAUAUUGGCUAAUGAAGCCAUCGUGGUAUCCAGAGCAGCAUGAUCUGUUCAGAUACACCAGGAUAACACAUGAUUAGUUUUUUUUUUUCAAAAUAUUUCUUUGGAGUUUUUUUUUGCAUUAGUUAUAAGUUUCUCGAUAAGUUUUCUUCUUUCUGCAUUGCUUUGAAUCCACACAAAAACAUAUCUCAUGUAUAUACAAUUUCUCAAAGUUUUGAUCA